AUGGAGGCGGUGCCCCAGGACAGGCCCCCACAACAAAGAAGUACUAAGGUGUCAGACCCUGCCAAGGUGUCAGAGUGUGGAGCCCCUGGCCUCCCACCGGACUCCCCCCGCUCUGGGUUCACGUCCUCUUCUGCGUUGCCCAGGCCCCGGACUUUCCAGGUGUGCCCCACCCCGUCCCGAGGUCCCCCUCCAAAGGCCCUGGGUUUACUUCCUCUACUGCUCAUCCCCCACUCCGCGCCCCAACCCCAGCGCUUCCCCAGGGCCGGGCCUCCUCAGUGUGACAUGUCCACCCACCCAGACCGCCCCCUUUGGACUCCAUCGCCGCUUUACCCCAGACUUCCCGCACCCCUGCCCAGGCCCGCUUGGGGCGCAGCGCCAUGUUUACCCGAUCCCCUCCCGGGCGAGCAGAAGGCGCGCGGGCCAAGGGGAGGGCUCAAUGAGGGAGGAAACAGGGAACGCCGGAUCUUCAGGCCACCAUACCCAGCCACCGCAGAACAUGGCGAAGGCGGGCCUAGGCGGGGCCUUGGGCAGAGCCGGCUCUGGAGGCAGGGCCCUGACGCCCAGGGCCCGAGGGAGGCGGGCCCCGGGUGCCCCCGCUGCAAGGUCGCGGUGUCUGACCCCCACUUCGCUGGAAAGCAGGGCCUCGCAGACUCCACCCCCGGGCCCAGGAGUUUGGACUUUGUGGUGGGGACAAGUUUUCCUGCUGUUGCUCUGCCAUCAUACCGUCCAUCCUUCGUUCCCAACCAGUCCUUGUCUUCCCCAAAUGGCCUUCAGCCUGGAGGCAGCAGCCCCAGUUCAAAUCCUUCCCAGCCCCCUGCUCCACCGCUGCACUGUCCCCCACAGUCUCAGAGGCCCGUAUGA